AUGUCCUCCGCAGUCACAGAAGAACCUCAGCCUGCAGCAGUUGUGGCAAUAAAUGGAUCUCUCUGUGCCGAAGAGGAUAAGGACAACUGCAUUCCGGAAGACAUUCUCGAGCAGUUUCUUCAAGAAGAAAAAGCAGUAUUUCGACAGUACGAGAUGGAUAUCUUAUUGAGAGAACUCAGCGAACCCAAAACGCUGCAGUACAGCUUGACUGACGAAAUGGAAGCUAUCCUCCAAAUGGACGUCGGAAGAAGUGUCAGAUUUUUGAAUUUUGUGGAAGCGGAGUUGAGCGAAUUGAAAAAUGAUGAAUAUCUUCGUCAUGCUGUGGUGUUUACUGAAGUCUGUGUCGAGUGUGGUGAAGAGAAUAUUGUCGAAAGAGGAUCAAGGAGUUGGUGUCUAAGAUGCUUCGGCGAAAGAAAAUCAUUAUGUCCGACGGUAUACUCAUAUCGUAUACCGAUGCCAGUCGUAUAUUCACGUAGAAAUGAGCAGCGGGCAGACUUGACUUUACUAAUCGCAGCCCACUUAUGGACUUCAGUGCGAGGAGGAUCUGAGCUGAUGUCAGUGAGCAACGUUCUACGACUUUUCACGGAGACUAGCAAGUCUCGUUUUAUAAGGAGGCUCAACAACAUUUUCCGCUUCGCCGAGGCUGUCAUGACACAAAGGAAGGUAUCACAUGUGCAUGGUAAAAUUUUACAUCUGAACAGAGAUACCGGAUCGAUUGUUCUUUUUGUGGACCAGUGUAUCUUCGCUGACAAGGGGACAAGCAAUGAGAUCCUUUUUUGA